AUGCAUAAAGCUCGUCCCUUAACAAUUGAACAACGAGCUUCGAAGAUUUUGAACGAGAACCCUUUGAUUGACGGCCAUAAUGAUCUCGCAAUUCUCGUUCGAUUUAUGUAUGGAAACCACAUUUAUUCAGACGAGUUCAAGAAGGGCUUUGAAGAGGGUGGAUUAGCUGGUCACGUGGAUAUCCCAAGGCUUGAUAGGGGAAAAGUUGGUGGUAGUUUCUGGAGUGUCUUCGUGGGAUGUCCGGCCAAUAUCACGGAUUUCUCGGAUGAGAACUAUGCUGGCUCCGUCCGCCAAACCCUCGAACAACUCGACCUCUACCGCCGCCUCGGCCUCGCCUACCCCAAACACUUCACCCCCACCCCCUCCUACGCCGCCGCCCUCUCCGCCUUCUCCUCCGGCCGCCUGAUCUCCCCCGCCGGCAUCGAAGGCCUGCACCAAAUCGGCAACUCCCUCUCCACCCUGCGCCUCUACCACACCCUCGGCGUGCGCUACGCGACCCUCACCUGGAACUGCCACAACGCCUACGCAGACGCCGCCGUGCUCAGCACCGCCAACGCCACCGUCGCCGCGACCCCGCUGCACCACGGCCUCAGCGCCGCCGGCCGGCGCCUCGUCACCGAAAUGAACCGCCUCGGCAUGCUUGUCGACCUGUCCCACGUCAGCGCCGACACGAUGCGCGACGCCCUCGUCGGCGGCGGCGGCAGCAGCAGCGGCGACGGCUGGAACGGCAGCCUCGCCCCGCCCAUCUUCAGCCACAGCUCCGCGCACGCCCUGUGCCCGCACCCGCGCAACGUACCCGACGACGUGCUGCACCUCGUCAAAGCGCGGAAUUCGCUCGUCAUGGUCAACUUCAGCCCGGACUUCAUCUCGUGCGUGCCCGGCGACUCGUGGACGGGCUUGCCAGACCUCUAUACGCCCAACGUCACGCUGCACCAGGUCGUGCGGCACAUCAUGCACAUCGGCGCGCUGAUCGGGUACGACCACGUCGGGUUCGGCAGCGAUUUCGACGGCAUCCAGACGACGCCGCGGGGGUUGGACGACGUGUCGAAGUAUCCGGCGCUGGUGGCGGCGUUGCUGGAGCAGGGGGUCAGUGAUAGGGAUGUAGCGAAGGUAGUAGGCAGGAAUUUGCUGAGGGUGUGGAAGGAGGCGGAUGAGGUGGCGAAGCAGUUGCAAGAAGAGACGGUGCCGUUGGAGGACGAGAUUGAGACGGGGUGGACGGCGCCGCGGGGUGGUACAGAGCUCUAG